AGGCCUCGUCCAACCCUGCGGAUAGUCAUCUCCGUGUAUAGGAACACAACCCAUUCUGAAGAACACUGGCUGCUAGCACUCUAUCAAGCGGGUGGAACAUAGAGACAACUGCCGGGUUGCAGACGGGGUUGGUCGACCUGUCAGCAAGGUAGGUGAUAUGCGGGACAGGAGAGAGGACAAUGCAUUCUCAAGCUUCAGCUCCAAGUCUUGCUAGCCCUUCGGGCGGUUCGGCUGGCAGGAAACGGCACGGAACAAAUACCACCCAGUCUCUUGUCCGAACCCCAGGCCCUUUGAGGGUUACGAGUAACGACGGUGAUCAAAUAAUCCGCAGUUCGUGUAUGGGCCUGUGCGCCCCCGUCCUGGGCACGUGGUCGAGACCCCUCACUCUUGAUGGACAGUCGAGGUUCGAGAACGCCCUAGCCGGGACGAAGAAGCGGCCUCCCACGAGCUCGGCUGCCACCAACGACGCGGGCCAUCUCGUUCUGGGAACACCGCGAUGCGUCGGUGAGAUGGUCAGCCGCAGUUAUCGACUGGCGCGCUGGUGCUUGGGUGACGUGGCCUGGUGCCCCCGUUUGGCCGAGCAGGUUACACCACUCCGUUACCCGUUCUCGUUGCCGACAACUACUUUGUUAAAUGAGGGAACAAGUACAUUUCUAGCCAGUUCGGAGGGUCAGUUCUGAGAUGGCAAUCGUGGCAGGCCAGGCUCAGGCUCAGCCGCUCAACUGGAAAUGGGGAUAGAGAUCGCCUCGCCUCGCCUCGCCUCGUGAGGAUGUGGAGAUACGAGGGCUUGAUGAUAAAUAUCCUGGGAGGGAACUGCACUUCAACAGCUCAUGAGCCGCAUCCCCUUAUCUCAUGUGCAAUGAGCCCAACGCUUCGUAAUGAGUCAGCGCUGGAGCCAACGCGAUAGAUGGUCAUGAUAAUCGAU